UGAUUUGUAUGUAUGUAACAUAACCUUUUCGAGUGAAUUGCUUCGUGAUAAACGCGGACGGGAUGUCGCGUAAAUGUUGCUUGUGCGGUACGUGGGAGUACAAAUUGCCCAAGGAAACAAAUAUAACCUUUCACAGGUACGUACGCACUGAUAAAACUAGAGUAAAAUUUGGCCAGGUAUUGUUUGGCCGCCUCCUUGCAGCGUACCCAAAGAGGGCUGGCUAAGGAAACAGUGGUUGGACGCCAUUGACAUGAAAGAUAUUGGCGAUUUGAGGGAAAUAUCGCUGUGUUCGGUCCACUUCAGCAUAAAGGAUUUCCAAAUUCUACCGAGCGAGCGCAUCGUGCUCAAAAAUGGAGCAAUGCCUGUCAGGGUUAAUCGCAAUACGAGGUCCCGACAGACUUCGACUUGCAGCCCGUGGAACAAUUUUUCUCGGAGCGCGUCGCAGCCAUCGACUUCGACGAAAACGCACAUUUUUGCACCCAGUGUGCAAGUUGCGCAACCUCUGCCUACGGUUGACGAAUCUCAGCCAGCUUCCGCGCCGACAAUCAGCAAACGACGACUUCGUAGAAGGUGUCGUGUGCAAAGUACGAGAUGUGUGCGAGAACGAAAUGAAGACGUUCGAUUUGGGCGAGCACAAAAUUUUGCUCGUCAAACAGAACGGGAUUAUAAACGCCUUAGGCACGAAAUGCACUCAUUAUGGUGCUCCGUUGGUCAACGGGGCGCUCGGACGAGGCAGGAUCAGGUGUCAGUGGCACGGUGCCUGUUUCAACGUGUCGACAGGAGAUAUCGAGGAUUUUCCAGGUUUGGACUCCUUGCCUUGUUACAAAGUAACUGUCGAUGGGGAGGACGUCAAAGUCCGGGCCAAGAAGUCGGAAUUAGAAGCGAACAAGCGUAGGAAAACAAUGGCUAAAAAAAGGUCCUGUGUCACCGAAAAGAUCCUCGUAAUCGGCGGCGGUCCCGCGGCAGCUACAUGCGUCGAAACUCUGAGGCAAGAAGGUUUCCGGGGUGAAAUAACGUUAGUUUGCCGAGAAAAUAGCUUACCGUAUGAUCGAAUUAAACUUAGCAAGGCGAUGGACGCCGACGUCAAGACGCUCCAAUUCAGAGAUGACGCGUUUUACGCGGAAAACGGGAUCACCGUGCUGAAAGGCAGGUCGGCCGUCUCCGUUGACACCGGCGCCAAGUCGGUACGUCUGGACGACGACCAAAGCCUAAAAUACGACCAACUGUUCUUGGCUACGGGCAGUCACGCUCGGAAACUCAAAGUUCCGGGCUCCGAUCUCCGAAACGUGUUCGUUUUGAGAGAGUUCGAGGACGGCGGGGCCAUUUUGCGGCAACUCGCCAAAGAUAAGGAGGUCGUCAUCAUCGGCUCGAGUUUUAUCGGCAUGGAAGUCGCCAACUAUUGCGUGGACAAGGUGCGCAAGGUCACGGUCGUGGGGCGCGACUCGGUACCCUUCAGACCGGUGUGGGGCGAGAAAAUCGGUAGCGCCAUUUUAAACCUGUUCAAAGGCAAGGGCGUCCACUUCGUCGGACAGAGCGGAAUCAAACGAGUGAUCGGCGACGACGCGGGGGCUGUCGCAAGCAUCGAACUGAUCGACGGUAGCCUCCUGAAGGCCGACGCGUUGGUGGCGGGUAUCGGAGCCGCCCCCAACACCGAUUUUCUACAGGGCUCCGGCCUCAAUCUCAGGCCGGACGGGUCGAUCGAGACCGACGAGUACCUGCGUACGGAGGUAGGGGGCGUUUACGCCGGAGGCGACAUAGCCUACGCCCCCGUGUGGUGCGAGGGGAACGCUAAGGCGGUCAUAGGGCAUUUCGGGCUCGCCCAUUACCACGGCCGUAUCGCCGCGCUUAACAUGUUGGGCGCAAAUCGACCCGUGAGCAACGUGCCUUUCUUUUGGGCCACCCUGUUCGGGAAGAGCUUCAGGUACGCGGGGCACGGUGCCUUUGACGACGUGGUCUACACGGGUGACGUCGACGCCCUGAAGUUCGUCGCGUUUUUCCUGCGAAAGGGCGUGGUCGUGUCGGUGGCAGCGUGCGGCAUGGACCCCGUAGCGUCCCAGUUCGCAGAGCAUGCGUCCCUUGGAAAAAAAUUGUACAGGGAGGACGUGAGCGGCGACUCGGUUCUCGAUUGGACCGCCGCCUCGUAAAAAAACUCACAAACAAACUAACAGUAUUGCAAACUUGAAUUUUUUACGCUUAAUUUAAGGUGAUGGAACCAUAUGCUAUUUUAUUUAUUUGUUAAUAAACGUGCACCAGCA